AUGGUUUGUGAUAUUGGUAUUGGUCAGUCCCAGGAUGACAGUAUAGUCGGGUUGAAACAGUCCAGAUAUAUUGCACCUGCAUUGCCUGUAAGUGGCACCUUAUCAUCCAGUAAUCCUGACCUGUUGCAGUCUCAUCAUCGCAUUCUUGAUUUUAACACUACACCAGAGCUACCAGAUCAAGUUUUAAGAGUUUUCAAAGCUGACCAACAAAGUCGCUACAUAAUGAUCAGCAGAGAUACCACUGCAAAAGAAGUGGUCAUUCAGGCAAUUCGUGAAUUUACCUUAACUGCUGCUCCUGAAUCAUACUCGCUGUGUGAAGUCUCUGUCACUCCUGAAGGUGUUAUCAAACAAAGAAGACUUCCAGACCAAUUAUCGAAGCUUGCUGACCGAAUCCAGCUUAGUGGCAGGUACUAUCUGAAGAAUAACAUGGAAACAGAGACACUGUGCUCAGAUGAAGAUGCUCAGGAAUUGCUUCGGGAGAGUCAUAUCACACUGUUACAAUUGAGCACGAUUGAAGUUGCCACUCAGCUCUCCAUGAGGAACUUUGAACUAUUUCGUAAUAUUGAGCCCACAGAGUACAUAGAUGACUUAUUCAAACUUAAGUCAAAAACUGAAUGUGCCAAUCUGAAGAAAUUUGAGAACAUUAUCAAUCAGGAAACAUUUUGGGUUGCAACAGAAAUCCUUAAGGAGUCAAACCAGUUGAAAAGAAUGAAGAUAAUCAAACACUUCAUAAAGAUGGCUCUGCACUGUCGAGAAUGCAAGAACUUCAACUCCAUGUUUGCAAUUAUCAGUGGUUUAUAUCUUGCACCAGUGGCAAGACUACGGAAUACUUGGGAAAAACUUCCAAGUAAAUAUGAGAAGUUAUUUCAGGACCUUCAGGACCUCUUAGAUCCCUCCAGAAAUAUGGCUAAAUACAGGAAUGUUCUGAACAAUGAGAAUCUACAACCUCCCAUUAUUCCUCUCUUCCCAGUUAUCAAGAAAGAUCUGACAUUCCUGCAUGAAGGGAACGAUUCCAAAGUGGAAGGUCUGGUGAAUUUUGAAAAGUUACGAAUGAUUGCAAAAGAAAUCCGUCAUGUUGGCCGUAUGGCUUCUGUUAAUAUGGAUCCUGCUGUUAUGUUCAGGACAAGGAAGAAGAAAUGGAGAAGUCUGGGGUCGCUUAGCCAGGGCAGUACAAAUGCUGCUGUGCUAGAUGUGGUGCAGUCAGGGGGACACAAAAAACGGGUACGGCGCAGCUCAUUCCUCAAUGCCAAGAAACUCUAUGAAGAUGCACAAAUGGCUCGAAAAGUAAAACAAUACCUUGCAAACCUUGAUCUGGAUAUGGAUGAAGAGAACCUCCAGGCAUUAUCACUACAGUGUGAACCAAGCACUAAUACAUUACCCAAAAACACAGGUGAAAAGAAAGUGGGAAAACUUUCAGAUACAUCUCCAGUUGCUCCAAGAUCAGGAGUGCAAAACCAGAAGCAACAACAGCAAAAAGCAAAUCAGGCCCUCCAGGUCCCAGCUGUAUCGUUGUAUCCGUCACGCAAGAAAGUGCAAGUUAAAGACCUCCCACCAUUUGGUACACAUUCUCCUCAAGCUUUGAAAAAAAUCCUGUCCUUGUCUGAAGAAGCAAAUUUGGAUCGGAAUAAAAAGCAGGCAGAAGAUACUUUAUCAAACACUUCAUCUCAGCUGUCGUCUCCUCCCACAUCUCCUCAGACUUCACCAAGGAAAGGUGGCAGUAAGCUGAGAUCUCAUGGCUGCAGACAGUCGGACCUAUCAGGCUCUUCAUCUUCUCUUGGAAGUGAAAACAGUAACAAGAAUAACAAUGUACAACGGAUCUAUGGGAUAGGUUUUGCUUUAGCACCAAGUGCCACAGCAGACAAUUUUUCAGAUUCUGGUCACAGUGAAAUUUCAUCACGCUCCAGCAUUGUCAGCAAUUCCUCCUUUGACUCCGUAUCUGCCAGCCUUCAUGAUGACCGUCGACAGCGACAUUCUGUCAGUGUUAUAGAUUCAAAUUUAGGCUUGGGCAUCGAAAGAAGACUGGAAAAGCGAUCAGCAGUUGACCCAGAUCAGUACUGUAUAAGUAAUUACACUCCAACAUGCACUGAGGGCAGAGGAAGUCUAUAUGCAGGAGAAGCGGUGCUGUCAUCACCGAGUAUGGAGGAGUUAACCCAGGACCAGGGAGACCGAACUUCUCUUGAUGCAGCAGACAGUGGUCGAGGAAGUUGGACUUCAUGUUCAAGCGGAUCUCACGAUAACAUCCAGACAAUUCAGCACCAGAAAAGUUGGGAGACGCUCAGCAGUUUGGGAAAUCUUCAUUAUGAGAGCUCUGCUGAGGGAACAGGACUAUCAACUAUGUGGGCUUCAGGUAGCCAAACAGAUCGGACCAAAUUCUCUGAACAUGGCACAAAAUUGACUAGGCAGAACCAGCCUAGAGAUGGCGUUGAUCAUGCUCAGUCCAGAAAUAGCUGGGCAUCAACAACAGGCUAUUGGGCAGAGGAUUCUGAAGGUGACACUGGAACAAUAAAACGGAGAGGUGGAAAGGACGUAGCUGUUGACUCUGAAGGAAGCGGUACAGCAGUAGCUACAGAUGAUCCAAAGCAGAAUGUUAGACCUUCUCACAUAGCAGUGUCUUCAUCAACAGCAAAAGGUCUCACUGCACGUAAAGAGGGCAGAUAUCGAGAACCACCACCAACUCCUCCAGGGUAUGUUGGAAUUCCCAUUGCAGACUUCCAAGAAUCUCAUCGACAUCCAGGCAUGAAGCCUCCAGAUUAUAAUGUAGCACUACAAAGGUCACAGUUUGUGGCAAGGCCAUGUGAUCCCCAUGGACUGUCAACUGUUCAAAGUCCAACUGCACAUACAAUCAGUCACUCACAGGUCAGGCCGCUUAGCCGGCCUCAAUGGCACAAACCAAAUGAGUCAGACCCCAGACUAGCUCACCUACAGCCCCAGGGUUCUCCAUCUGAGGACGAUGAGGACGAAGAUGAGCAAGUUUCUGCAGUCUGACCAGAGUUCACUACCUGCUUUUUGUUUUGUUUUGGUUGCUUCAUGAUACCACAAGCUACAUUUUGGGCAGCACAACAGACCAUUCAGAUGUAGGAACCUUGGAACUCUGUUGAAUUAAAUUCGUGAUGCCACUUGCCUCCUUCCCUGCCUUAAAGCAGCAUGGGGCUUUUAUCCCCGCAUGUGGAAUACUGUGAAGAAACUGUCCUGGCACUUUGGAACUGUGUUGCUUUAAAUGCACAGAGAUCACUCUACAGAUUGUUCCUGUUACUACCCCAAUGAACUGUGCACAAGAGUAUGGGUUUUGUUGUGUUCACUAAGGAGUUACUCUUGGUGCUUGCUUUUCAUCAGCCGAGAACUUUUAAAAUUCUUUUGUUGGAUUUUUUUUAGCCAUUCUAGUGCACAGUCAUUUUAAACAAAAAAGUGACAUUUUUAACAAGAAACAAAUCAUAGCAAUGUUUUUGUAUUUCAGCUAAUUUUUGAAGAUGUUACAUUCACUUUUGGGCAGAGAGCGCCAGAUAAUUUUUAAUUUAUGUUGACAUUUUUGAUUAAAUACUGCUUUAGAAAAGAACAAAUGCUACAACUCUGCAACUACAGUAUUAUUUACACUUAUAACUAAUAUAUUUUGGUUGUAGGGUUUAUGAGAGAGUAUUUUAAGUAACUGAAGUGCAGUGGAUGGCAUUCUGAAUACCAUAAUGAUGUUGGCUAG